AUGCAUUUCAUUCAUCUCACCAUUGUUCUCAUGGCUCUCUUGGCCUCCCCUGUGGUGGCCAAGGACAAGACAAAAAAGAAGCACAAGGAGCCAGUGAGAGUUGCGCUGUUGAUGCCUGAAGAUCUUCGCAAUGUUGUGACUAUCGAAACCAGUCACAAUGCCGGCUCAGAAGAUCAUGGCGAUGACACCAGACUUGGUCACUAUGGCCAUCCGCCUGAUGACUGCGAAAAGGACGAGCGCGCAGUUCAAAUCAACGGAAUCCCUGGUGCGAUUUGCACUGCCAAGUGCACCGACUUUUUGCCUUGUCCUAAGGAUGUUCCUAAAGGAGUCACUGCCGAACCCACUUGUGCUCUACAGGACUCGGCUGGUAACCACUACUGUGUCUUGCUUUGCAAGCCCGGCAAAAACAAAGACGCAAACCUUCGCCGUGCCGGAGACGGCGAUGCUGGAGAGUGUGGAGAUGCCACUUGUCAACCUGCCCAAGGACUUGGUAUCUGUACCUACGAUUCCUAA